CACUACUACUCAAAGAAAAUAAUCUCAAUUGCUCGUCUCUCUCUCUCUCUAUCUAUCUAUCUCUCUUGUUCGUUCGUGAAUAGAGCACAGCUAGCUAGCCAUGGCUAACAUGAUAAUGGCGUCCUGCAAAACCCUAAUCCCGUCUUGCUCCGCGAACCAAGUGAGACCAAGCUUGAUGAAGCUCCCACAGCUUUCUCUGCCCAAAAUCCAUCUCGCUCCGUCGACCUUAAAAUCAAUGGGUGCCUUAAUCGUCACCUCCCUAGUGGCGGCGCCUCCAUCGAUGGCGGAAGAGAUAGAAAAGGCGGCGCUUUUUGACUUCAACUUAACACUGCCAAUAAUGAUGGCGCAGUUCCUGUUCCUGAUGGUGGCGCUGGACAAGAUAUACUACACGCCGCUGGGGAAUUUCAUGGACGAGAGAGACGCUUCGAUAAAGGAGAAGCUGAACAGCGUGAAAGACACGUCGUCGGAGGUGAAGCAGCUUGAGGAGCAGGCGGCGGCGGUGUUGAGGGCGGCGAGGGCGGAGAUAUCGGCGGCGCUGAACAAGAUGAAGAAGGAAACGCAGUUGGAAGUGGAGGAGAAGCUGGCGGAGGGGAAGAAGAAGCUGGAGGAGGAGUUACGGGAAGCGAGGAUGAAUUUGGAGAAGCAGAAGGAGGAAACGAUUAAGUCUUUGGAUUCUCAGAUUGCUGCCCUAAGCGAUGACAUUGUCAAGAAGAUCCUUCCUAUCUAAUCCCAGUUAUUAAUUAUCAUCAAAUUUCAUUACAAAUUCUCAAUGUUUUCAAUCUAAGAACAAGAACAAGUGUAUAAAACUACUACAUAAGAAGAAGAACUUCACUGUUGUACCUUAUUUUCUUGCC